UUUCAAGAGAACAGUAUAGACGCCUAAUUAGUUAAUUACUUUGUUUGACUCUUUUGUUUUCUCUUCAUUUGAAUUUUAGACCAGUCUCAACAUGGAAAAAAUAGUUCUAAAGCGAAAAGUGUUAUCAAAAUAUCGAAAAUUGAACGAAAAACGGAAGCGAAAGGAACCAGCAGCAGCAAGUGAAUUGAAACCAACAAAACAGCUAUCGGAUAUGGUUGACGAUUGUAUCGAAUAUAUCUUGGAUUUAUUGCAACUUGAGGAUUUAAUCACUGUUGGCGAAAUAAGUAAGCAAUUUCAAGGGUUGGCCGGUAGUGUAUAUCGUCGAAAAUUCAAAGCAAGAGAAAUGAUUAUUAAUUUACUUGAUGAAGCAUAUUACAGACAGUAUCCGAAUGUUGAUAUUUUGGGACGACCGCCAAUAAGCGAUCGUAUCUACGUCGAUGAAUCGGAUAUUAUAAUUGUUAAGCCAUUGUUGGCAUUCAAAGUAGUACGCAUUUUUGGCAAAUCCAUUACGAAACUGAAUAUUCAAAUGCCGUUCAAUGGAUUGUGUCAGAAAUUUUUCCAACAAGUUAAUAAACAUUGCAACAAAUCGCUAAGAUCACUGUUGAUGAACAAUUGGGAUACUCAAUUAAGAACAACAGACAUGUUUGUAGGCCUGAAAAAAGUCUUCGAAAAUGUUGAAGAAAUUUAUUUAGUCGAUGGCAUGGUGUGUCCCGAACAACCGAAUUUGAACAAAUUGUUCCCUCGUUUGCGUCUCAUGAUGCUGAAAAGUUGUAACAUUCCAAAUGCCAAGUGCAUUGUCAAAGCAUACAAUAAUAUGGAGUAUGUGCAUUUCAAUUUCUCUGAAAAAUUUCCAAUCAAAUUUGUUGCCCGAGAUUUUAUUCGUUUAAUCAAUUUAAAUCCACGGAUUUUGCAUUUAUCGUUGAACAAAUAUUACAAUCCAAGAAUAUGGGAACACAUUAGCACCGAGCUCAAGAGUUUAGAAAUAUUCGAAAUUUCAUAUGCACCGAAUCAAGUUCAAAGUUUUCGUGGGCCAGCGAUUCCAUUUGAUAGCGUCGAAAAAUUUGUUGUCACAUCCGAACCGUAUGUACAUGGAAAUCGCAUCAAACCAUUGGACGUGUUCGUAUUCAAGCAACUUAAAGAAUUUUCUAUUGCAUGCAAUACCUGUGACUUGGUCGAGGGCGGCUGGAUGGAUUUUGUUCAUGCAUACCCAACGAUCGAACGACUUCAAUUGGUUUGUAUUCAAGUAAUUGAUUUGGAUGAAAUUGAAGAGGCAUUGGUGUAUCUUCAAAAUGGAGACCAUCCGCAGUCAAUUGAAUUGAAAAUGUUUUUUACCAUUUUCGAUUCGGCUCAACACUUUGUGGAUUUCUUUGAGAGACAUGAAUGCAUCAAGAAGAUUACAUUACUCUGCAUCUUUCUCGAUGAAUCAGGCAUUUUGAUGGCCAAUACCCCAUCAAAAUAUAAGAAGAAGGUCAAAGACGGAUGUACCAUUGAAAUUAAACGACCGAGUAAAGAUAAACAUGAUGACCCAGAUUACAAUUUAUGCGACACAAAAAAAGGAAAAUGCAAAACUCUUCUUGUGCGAAGGGAGCGUCCUAUGACAUAUACGCAACCAUCCAAGCAGAUGAGGCUUGCUGAUAAAAAUUACAAACCAUACUAA